GAUUCCUUAACCUUUCUAUAUUAUAUUAGGCAUAAAAAAUGGAUGAAUUUGAAGAAGAAACAGAUCAUGAUAACGAUCAAGCUGCAGGCUCGUCGAAUGAUGGUAAAAAGAAGAGAUUGUUCACAAAAGAGAUUCGCUGCAUGUUGUAUGGAUUUGGCGAUGAACAAGUACCCUACACAGAGACUGUUGAAUUGUUAGAUGACCUUUUGCUGCAAUAUAUUACAGAAAUGACGUUGAAGGCAAUGAACGUUGGAAAGAAAGGACGUGUACAUGUUGAAGAUAUUGUGUAUUUGAUACGUAAAGAUCCGAAAAAAUAUGCAAGAGUGAAAGAAUUGCUGACAAUGAAUGAAGAGCUGAAGAAAGCUAGAAAAGCUUUUGACGCAGAGAGUUACGGUGAAUAAAUAUAUACCUUGGAAGUUACAAAUAUGAUCUGGAUUUAUUUUAGCUUCUUGUUGAUUGUUUCGCUGUUUUAUUAAGACAUGUAAACUUCAAUGCUCAAGUUUUCAAUCCUUCGUAGAGGCUUUAAAAAAAUGGCUGAAUCUGUUAUGUAUUUGUGUAAGUACACAACAAGUUAUGAUGUAAUUGUCAUGGUGAUAUGAUUACUUUUAAAUGGUGUUCGUUAUGUCUUCCUUAUGUGUAGGAUUAGCUUAUUUCUACUAAUUUUCGGGUAGUGGAAAAAGAAAAUCUAUUUCGCGCAUAUUUUCGCGAAAGCAAUAUGAACGUAUUUCGUAGUUUGAAUUCCUGCAAAAAACAAAUCCUUAGUUUUAUACAAAGAUUCGUUCUUCUUAUGUAAAACUGUAAUAUAUUUCCAUGCCAUGUUAUUUUCCGUACGAAACAUUUUGCAUGUAAUUUCUGUAGUAAAUGUUGAACAAUUACGAACUUUUUGUGCGAAUGCGCGAAAAUUACUACGCGCGUAAAAUAGUACGAAAAGUCAUGGUCAUUUUAUAUUGUUGAGGUUUAUUUGUAUUUAUUUUUUGUACAAUAAAGCAUACUUAUAAAAUAUAUCUGAAUUUUACAUUU